AUGCAGCAAAUGACGGACACUAAAAUGGAAGGUCCAUCCGUUCGGAGGCUGGCCUUCGCCAUAACUGCUUACUGCGUAACUAGUCUGGCGGUAGUCUACUUUAACUGGUGGCUCUUCACUUCUGGUUUCAAGUACCCCGUCUUCAUCAGUUGGCUGCAGCAAGUUAUUGGCUUUGGAAUCUUCCUGGGCGGCUCCACCGUGGCCCUCUACUUUCAGCGAAUCAGGCCUGUGUUUCCUCCUCCGGUCUUCCAUAAAAGUGUCUUAGCCCAAGUCGCACCCCUCAGUGCCUCAUUUUGUUUAACGAUUGCUGCGUCUAACCUGUGUCUACAAAAGGUCCAAAUAUCCACCUAUCAAGUGGCCAGAUCAUUAACGCUACUGUUUGUGCUGCUAUUGUCGUAUAUAAUCUUGAAACAAAGUCAGACGCCGCUAGUUCUGGCAGCAUGUGUUCUGAUGGUGGCUGGAUUUGUUAUCAAUUCGUUGGACCCUGGAACGCUUUCUCUGUACGGUGUAUUAUUUGGAGCACUGUCGUCAUUCUUCCAAGCCUUAUAUAAUGUCCUGAUCAAAUUCACGCUACCAGCCGUUGAGAACAAUAAUCAAAUGCUGUUAUUCUAUAAUGUAUUGCUGUCCUCAUUUUUGUUUGUUCCGGUCGUGUUUGUUUCCGAAGGAAUGGAGCCUUUCUGGCAAUCAAUUAAUGCCGCCGAACACAGCAUGUUCGUAGUUUGGGGAGGUAUCUUAGUGAGCGGAUUAUUGGGAACGUCGUUGAACAUGUCCCAGUACCUGCUCAUUAACUGUACCACACCAUUAUCGUUCAAUAUAGUUGGUUUGAUCAAGGCUAUAGUUCAGAGCUUGGGAGGAAUCAUCUUCCUGGGUGACAAGGUGAGUGCAGAGAGCUUGCUCGGAAUUGGUUUGUCGACGGUCGGUUCCGCAAUUUACGUUAAAGCGAAACACGACCAGGCUGGCGUCACUGCGCGCGAUAGUGAGAACGAUGUUGCCGACAGUGUGGUGGUUCUUGAAACCGAAGAAGAUGCGAUGAAAUCCAAUCGUGUGGUGGCCAGUGCAGUUACGCCCGAUAUAAUAGUUAAGGAAACAACCGAAGACUUGGCCACCCCAUCAACAGUGUUUGACGUGAAGGUCUAA